AUGUUUGAUGGUCUGGAACAGGGUAAAAGACCACUUGCACCUUUGCUUAAACAAGGCAUGCUAGACGGUAAAAUCUCGGCUGAGAAAAUGCAGGCAGCGUGGGUUGAUGUGGGUACACCUGAGCGUUUAACAGCCUUGGAUUUGCAAAUAAGACAGGAGUUAAUGCAAGGCAGUCUAAAGCUUGGCUUAAAACUUAGUGAUGAAGCAUUAGGAUUAUUGUUGCAAUAUCAAGAUGCACUCGUCCUGUGGAACAAAGCUUAUAACUUAACGGCCAUUCGUGAUCCAAAAGAAAUGUUGGUUAAACAUUUAUUGGAUAGCUUAAGUAUUUUAAAUGAUUUACCCGCUGGUCGUUUACUCGAUAUUGGUACAGGCGGGGGUAUGCCAGGGAUGAUCAUUGCACUGUGCCAACCUGAACGCCAAUGUGUUUUGUUGGAUUCAAAUGGUAAGAAAAUUCGUUUUCUGAAACAGUUUAUUGCAGAUUUAAAACUAAAAAAUGUUGUCGCAGUUCAGACACGUGUAGAAAAUGAAGAUAGUAUCCAUGAUCUAGGGCAAUUUGAUGUGAUCACCAGUCGUGCAUUUGCUUCAUUGACAGAUUUUGUGACAGCUUCAGAACCUUAUAUGCAUGAACGCAGUAUCAUUGCGUCAAUGAAAGGUUUGAUUCCCACUGAAGAAGUUGAUGCUUUAAAAGACAAGUGGAGUUGUGACAUUAUUGAAUUGCAUGUACCUCGAUUGGACGAACAACGUCAUUUACUUUUAUUAAAACAGAUUUAA